GAAUUUGUAUUUGCAGCUGUGUUGCAAGGCUUCGAUAUUUAUUUUCUUUGCGGUACGCUAAAUCAAAAUCGAUUCAUUCAAAUCUAUGCCCGAGCAUGAGCGUGUGUCGUGUGUGCUUAAGUCAAGAUUAUUAUGAAUAUUAUUCCCUAUUCUCCGUUCGAGAUAAACGGACCAUCGCAAAGGCGAUAAUGGUCUGCACUGGAAUUCAGAUCAAGCGACAAGACGGCCUCACCCAACUUAUUUGCGGUUUCUGUACGGAGGAAUUUCUCAAAUUCUUUAAACUACGACAACAAUGUUUGGAAGCGGAUGCCUAUUUGCGAGAGAAACUCCAAGCGGAGCAUAACACCUCGGUUGAGUCCGAAGAUGUGCUCUCCAAAAACGUCCCACACGAUGAUAGCUGCAAUGUAGAACUGCAGGUAGAUUCAAAUGCUGAACUGCAACUUGCAGACUUGGACAAUAAGGGAACUUAUUCGUCGAAUAAUGGAGAUUACCCCGAGUCGAAUGUCUUAACGGAAGAAUGGGUCGUUGAAGAAACUGACGCUGUGAAAGAAGAGUAUGAAGUGUUGGCUUCUCUGGGUGAUCCAGGGUACUCGGACGUGGAUGAGAAUUCAGGAACAGCUUCGGAGUCGGAAGAAGAUAUUAAACCUGCGAAACGGAAACAACUUAUCAGCAGGAGACCUCGGAAACAAAAAUUAAUACCACACUUGGAAGCAGAAACUGAGGCUAGUUCGAGAUUCGUUUGCUGUAGCUGUCCGUCGGAGAUUUUCGAAAGUCAGCAGGCUUUCGAAGCUCAUAGAACCGAUCAGCAUAAGAAAUAUCGCAUUGCAGAUAACGUGAUACGACCGUAUGAAUGCGAAAUUUGCUUCCAGCGAUUUCUAACGGAGAAACAUCUCGCUCAACAUAAAGCACGACCAUACAAGAAGCGCGAGUACGUUUGUACCUCAUGUGGAAAUGCUUUCCUUGCAAGAAGCACACUGAAGAAACACGAAGAAAUUUGCAUAACUACCGAACGCAACUAUGCAUGUGAAGAGUGCGGCAAACGAUUUACCCAGGUCGGUUCGCUCCGCAAUCAUCUGAAGCUACACAAUUCGGAGAAAACACAUUCCUGUCCAAUUUGCGCCAAAACAUUUCUCAAGAAGUUCGAGGUUCCAAUCCAUAUGGUGACGCAUACGGAAGAGCAGCCGUUUCCCUGCGAUCAGUGCCCGGCGCGUUUCAAGCGGAAGCAGGCAUUGCGGAAUCAUCAGCGUCACCACAGCAACCCAACACCGUACAAAUGCGAUUUGUGUGAUGAGUGGUUCAAUAAUUUCAGCGCGAGAAAAUUUCACCGACAGAAAGUCCACGAGGGCAUUGAACCGUUUAAGUGUGACCAAUGUGGGGCAAGCUAUGGAAGGAAGAAUCGGUUGGAUCAACACAUCAAGCGUAUGCACGCUGGUGGCGGUGCGUAGAAUGGUAGGACAAAACCUUCGGCUUUGAUACAUAUAGGGUUAUUCGAUUAAAAAUUGAAAAAAAAACCAUAAA